AUGUCUGAUCCUGACAUCCGUGGGACUAAGGAGUCUGAUCCUGAGGCUCAGAUCCAACGCAUCACCUUCCAAGACGGUCCUGAGCGCGGCCGUGAAGGAGACGAUGCACACCGCCUCGGCCGCACGCUCUCGCGCUCCCUAUCCCGUCGCCGUUCGCACUCCAGCUCGCGAAGCCGUAUCCAUCCUACCUCUCCCUACUCAGGCGUUCAGAUCGAAUACCGCACCUUGUCCAUCCAGGUCACCGAAGCGAAACAGAUCGAGCCCACCGAAGACCCCAAAGCAGCGGCUGGACAAAAGACAGACGAGGACUACUUCUCGAAACUGCAGUACCAUGAACUUCAGACGGAGCAGUUGUGUCAGCAGCUCAAUGUUGAUGUUGGCGCUGGUCUGUCUGAGAGUUCUGCUGCGACGCGUCUUGAGCGCGAUGGAAAGAAUACGCUGCCUCAUCCCAAGACGAAUUACAUCAAACGAACGCUCAAGUACAUCUUUGGUGGUUUCUGUUCGGUUCUCUGGAUCGGUGCAAUCAUCUUCUUUCUGUGCUGGCAGCCCCUCAGCAAUCCUCCCUCGAACCAAAAUCUAUCCCUUGCCGUCCUCAUCCUCAUCGUCAUCUUCCUCCAAGCUGGCUUCUCCGCCUUCCAGGAUUGGUCUACAGCCAAGACCAUGAAUGCCAUUCUCGACUUGCUUCCUUCCUUUGCAAUGGUCAAGCGUGAUGGCGAGCUCAAGAGUCUUCCUACUGUUGGUCUUGUCGCUGGUGAUGUUGUUCAUCUCAAGGUUGGCGACAAGGUUCCAGCUGAUCUUCGAAUCGUUAGCCACUCUGGUGACAUUCGUUUUGAUCGAUCGGUCCUCACUGGAGAGUCUGAUGAGAUUGAGGGUGCUGUUCAUGCAACUGAUGCCAACUUUCUCGAGAGUCGCAACAUUGCUUUCAUGGGUACUACCGUUAUGAACGGUAACGGUGUUGGUGUUGUUAUCCUCACUGGUGGCCGCACAGUCAUGGGUCGUAUCGCCACUUCAACCUCUGGCGUCAAGGACUCAGCUGCCCUCAUCCAGCGCGAGAUCACUCGCUUCGUCAUGAUCAUCGUCUGCAUGACUAUUGUCCUCGCCCUUGCCAUCCUCCUCACUUGGGUCGGUUGGCUUCGUGUUGAUCAUCACGCCUACAUGAGUGUCCCAGCUAUGCUCGUCAACGUCAUGGCCUGUAUUGUCGCCUUCAUCCCAGAGGGUAUGCCCGUUGCUGUCGCCCUUACACUCAUGAUGGUCGCUCGUCGCAUGAAGGCAGUCAAUGUCUUGCCUAAGGGUCUAUCAACUGUUGAGACACUCGGUUGUGUGAACGUCGUCUGCUCUGACAAGACUGGUACCCUUACACAAAAUCAGAUGUUUGUUAGCUCAGUUGCUUUUGUGGACAAGAAGUUUGACUCUUCGGAUGAGUUCCAGCACUUGCUUCAUGGUAAGGACGUCAGUGAGCCUGCCACUGCUCUUCAACGUGCCGCCCUUCUCUGCAACGAUGCUUCCUUCGACCCUACCACCAACCACCUUCCCCUCCAUGAGCGUGCCAUCCAAGGCAACGCCACUGACAGCGCUGUCUUCCGUUUCGCUGCCUAUGGCCCUUCAGGCGAUAGCUUCCGCAAGACAGUCCCUCGUAUCUUCGAAGUACCAUUCAACUCCAAGAACAAGUGGAUGCUCACAGUCUUCCAAUCUGACGAUGAACGAGGCGCCUACCGUGUCAUCAUCAAGGGUGCCCCCGAUAUUCUCCUCGCUGGAUGUACCAAAUACUGGUCCUCUGAGUCCAACUCCGUCGAGACACUCACUCGCGACGCCCGCAUCAAGUUCCAAGAGAUCCAAGAUGAUGCAUCGCGUCGCGCCGAGCGUGUCAUCGUCUUGUGUGAGAAGUUCAUCACCCCCCGCGCCGUCGCUGGAACAAACAGUUUCAGUGAUGAGAUCACCCACUCUGCUAUCCAAGACCUCACCGUCGUCGGUAUGCUCGGCAUCAUUGACCCUCACCGUCCUGAGAUUCCCGCUACCGUUGAGCAAUGUCGCCGUGCGGGUACCCGUUUCUUCAUGGUCACUGGUGACUACGCCCUCACUGCUGCUGCCAUCGCUCGCAACACUGGUAUCUUCUCCUGCCAACAAGACCCCGACACCAUUGACACUCUCUACACCGGCAAUCAGAUCACUGAGAGCGAGAAGCCCAAGCGCAAGGCCAGAAAGGGCGAUCGCGCUGAGAUCAUCAAGCGCAGCUUGCUUCUUGAAGGUGCCAACCUCAGCCGAUUGAGUCAAGAGGACUGGGAUGUUGUCUGUGCCUAUGAGGAGAUUGUCUUUGCGCGAACUACACCUGAGCAGAAACUGCGUAUCGUUACUGAGCUUAGAGAGCGUGAUAACGUUGUCGCUGUUACUGGCGAUGGUGUCAACGAUGCUCCCGCCCUUCGCGCCGCUGAUGUUGGUGUCGCUAUCGUCACAGGUAGCGACGUCGCCAUUGAAGCUUCUGACCUUGUCCUCCUCGAUCGCUUUGACUCCAUCAUCGACGCCAUGCGCCUCGGUCGUCUCGUCUUCCAGAACCUCCAAAAGGUCAUCUCAUACCUCCUCCCCGCCGGUAGUUGGUCCGAGAUCUGGCCCGUCAUUCUCAACGUCUGGUUCGGUGUUCCCCUCCCCCUCAGCGCAUUCCUCAUGAUCAUCAUCUGUGUCUUCACCGAUCUCUUCCUCAGUCUCUCUCUCAUCAUGGAGAAGGAAGAAUUCGAUCUUCUCUCUCUUCCUCCCCGCAACCACAAGCGCGAUCACCUCAUCAACGCCAAGAUCUACACCCAAGCUUACCUCUUCACCGGUUUCAUGGAGACCAUCACCGCGCAUUCCAUGUUCUUCUUUUACAUGUGGAAGUACGCCAAGAUGCCCGUCUCAGAGCUCUUCUUCCUCUUCGAGGGUUACACUGAGGGAUAUCGCGGCUACACUGCGGCUGAGCUCACCAAGUUCAACAACACUGGACAGUGUGUCUACUUCGUCACUCUUGUCUUCCUCCAAUGGGGCAACAUCCUUGCCGUGCGAAACCGCCGCUUGAGUAUUUUCCAAGCCAACCCUCUCAGCAAAGCUCACCGCAACCCAUGGUUGAUCCUCAGCAUGCUAAUCAGUUUGUGCAUCGCCAUCUUCGUCACCGAGGUCCCCGGCAUCCAGAACCUCUUCGACACUGAGUCUGUGCCAAUUGAGUUCUGGCUCAUUCCAAUUCCUCUUGGACUGGGUAUUCUUUUGGUCGAUGAGAUCAGGAAGUUCAUCGUGAGGACGUAUCCCAAGUCCUUUGUGGCAAGGAUCGCGUGGUAAAGUUUUCGAGUGAGCGAUUGCAACAGCGGGUUAUUGUUAG